CGGUCGCGUGCUGACGUACAUCCGUCGUUUUUCUUUACCAUUAUUUUUUUUCAUGAGCAAACUUCAGCUUUAUUGGUGCUGUUCAUGCGAAAAUAAUUGAAUCUCAAUCCGAGGUAGUUUAAUGAGUCAUUUAUUUAAAUGUUAACGCUGAUUUUAAAACUCGACAGGCGGAACCUCCUCUUUCGUCGCCGCGGUUCAAUCCGGAUGAAGUAGUUUCCGGGCGACAGGGUACCAGCAGUAAACAUGGCGGAGGAGCUGCUGGAAGCAGUGGACAGACUUCAGUCGCGGCUCCAGGAGAACCCGGAGCCUCGAAAGCUACUCAAGACUCUCAAAAGACUCGGGGAACUUCCCAUGACUGUGGAUCUACUGGUGGAAACUGGAGUGGGCAAGGCUGUGAACGCCUUCAGGAAACAUGAAGUAGCUGGAGAGAUGGCGAAAAGCCUCGUAGCCAAGUGGAAGAAACUUGUUCCUCAGUCUGCAGACAGCCACGCCAAAGAGGGCCCCCGGUCGCAUACCCACUCUCGAGGCCCAGAGGCAGGCGACGGAGGAGGCCACCGACGCACCCGGGAGCCCUCCCCCGGGGAGGAGCCCUCCUACAUGGAAGAGGAAGAGGAGGAGGAGGCAGAGGAGGAAGAGGAGCGAGGCUACCACACCAACUACUCGCCCUCACCUCCUCAUCACGAGCAGUACAGCCCCCCACCGCAGCGCGGGGGCUACCAGUCGGACGAGUACGAGAGCCCCGAACCCGAACCCGAACCCAGUCCUCCUCCUCCCCCCCCUCCUCGAAAAGAAGUCCGCCUCGUCAAACCAGACAGAGAGCCCAGCAAGAACCACCACCACGGCGACCGAAACAGAGACGAGGAACGCCGGCAACGCCACGCACAGACAAGUAACGACCGAGGAGGAGGAGUAGGCGACGAAGGAAAGAAGCGCGGCAUCGACAGAGAGAGAGGGCAGAGUCCGGUACAAAAGCCGGCCAAGCACAGCAGGAAGUCCACCUCGCACGAGAACAAGAGGGAAGAGAAGAAGAAAGGAGGAGAUGACGGGCGACCACGAGCACCGAAGGACUCUCCCCCCAAGGAGGAGGAAGAGGACUUCGAGAGUCCCACCAUGUCCUUCGAGUCCUUCCUCACAUACGACGCCCCGACGCCUGUCAAGAAGAAGAAGAAGCCGUCGUCGUCAUCGUCACACAGUCGGCCGUCUCACAGUCGUCCGUCUCACUCGUCAUCCACCACUUCGUCCUCCCAUCGCACACGCACCCCUCCGCUGCCUGCGACCCCCUCCUCCUCCUCAUCCUCCAAAGUGAGCAAGGCGAACGGCGCUCAGAGCACCAAGAGGCCGCAUUCGAGCUCCAGUUCCUCGGCUGCUGCGCCGACACCGGAGAAACGGAAGAGGGUGGUCGAGGUGGUUCCAACUCUACCUGAAAUCCCUUUGCCAGCGAUUCAACCCAAUUACAGACCUCUGCCCUCCAUGGACGUCACGCCGCUGUCCCCGCAGAGACGUAAAGUUCCCGUCUUCAAUGAUGAGGAGGACACCGGGUUCACAGGGAAGCGGUUUAACUCCAAGAUGGUGGUCUACUCGGGAUCGAAGACGGCGUACCUGCCCAAGAUGAUGAGUCUGUUUGAGCAGUGCAUCCGCGUGCUGCAGAACAACAUUGACUCCAUCGACGAGGUGGGAGGAGUUCCGUUCGGCAUCCUUGAGCCGGUUCUGGAGCGAUGUACCCCAGAGCAGCUGUACCGCAUCGAGCAGAGCAACCAGUGUUUUACGGAGGAUUCUGAUGAGCUGUGGAUGCGUCACUGUCAACGGGACUUCCGGCGCGAGUCUCCGCAGGAGUACGAGUCGUGGAGGGAAAUGUACCUGAGGCUGCACGACGAGCGUGAGGAGCGACUGAGGAUGCUCACGCAGAACAUCACCUCCGCGCACGCCAACAAGCCCAAAGGGCGUCAAGUCAAGAUGGCGUUUGUAAAUUCUGUUGCCAAGCCACCUCGUGACGUUCGCCGCCGACAGGAGAAGUUCGGAACGACCAGCGGUUUGUCCUCGGCCUCAUCCACUGCAGCUGCAUCGGCAAUCAAAAUAAGACCAGCCACCAUGAACUUCUCUGGGGAAUCCAGUCGCUCGUCUUUGUCCCAACAUGAUGCCCCUACGAGCUCGUCCCGCUCCUCAGCACCAGGUGGUGGAGGAGGAGCAGCAGCAGGAGGAGGAGGAGGAGGAGCAGUGCCCCGGGACAAACCACAGGUCAAAAAAAUCGCCCCCAUGAUGGCCAAAACUAUCAAAGCGUUCAAGAACCGAUUCUCCCGCCGAUAGUGUGAAAGAGACUGAAUGUAUUUUAUGAAUUUCAUCUGUGUUUUUAAUUUAAGUUCAGCGAAAAUUUUACUGGAGACCCCCUUCACCACUACACACACACACACACACACACACACACACACACACACACACACACACACACACACACACACCACCAAACAUAACAUGUAUGAACUUUACAGUAUUGGUGGAAAAUUUUAUUAUUGUUAUUUUCUAAUCUAAGCAGUGGCAUCUUUGUCGAGGUUCUUGAAAUAAGUAUUUAAAUCAUGAAUGAAAGUCGAAGGGUGAAACAUCUGUGUGAAGAAAAUAUUAAGUUGCGAACUUUUUACAGGAUGCAAAAAAGGACAUAAACACAGUCUGUUACUUUUUCACAUUUAUUUUUUUGUUUUUUAAGGAACAGUUUGACAUGUUGGGAAAAUGCACUUAUUCACUGUCUUGCUGGGGUUUUACAUGAGAAGACCGACGACAGUGUCUCAUCUGUAAGAAUAAUAUGAAGCUACAGGAGGCAGCCAGUUUGCUUAACUUAGCAUAAAGUCAGGAAAUAGGGGGGAAACAGCUAUCCUGACAAAAAUGAUCUGACUACCAGCACCCAAUAGCUCAGGAUUUGGCCUUUUAUAUCACGUUAUGAAUUAAGUGUUUGUUGAUAUUAACGUAAUGGCUUGACAAUAUUUGCGGCAUAAUUUUGUUCCAUUUCCAAGCACGAUUUCUCGAAGACCUGUAUCAGAAAUGGUUUCUUCCGCACUUCUGAUGACUCCUAAUACAUUUUUUUGAGGGGUGUUAUUCAGUUUUUAAAGAAUAAUGUAAGCAGGCCUAUAUCUAUGUAUAUUGAUUUUAAUAUCCAGGUACAGGUAAAUCAGAAAUUAAAACCCUGGAAACUUAACAAAAACUAUGCAGCAUCUAAAUAUUGUCGAGUAUUUUGUCUUUCUUUACGUUAACAGCAAACAAACAGCUUAAAUUAAGUAACAUUCCUUUAACAGCUCCCCCUACAGUCUCACUAUG